UUAAUGGAAUGGAGUAACUAAUUGCAAGUAUUUGUAAACAACUUAUUUAAUGUAAAAAUGGAUAUCGAUCAUUUCGUCAACAGUAUACUUUCAUUUGAUGGAGCAACAGAUCCUGUUUCAGUAUUCGAUUCAGAAGUACUUAAUGUCACCACGCAAAAGCGCAAAACGACUGCAAUACAUAAUUGUAUUUUAAAGCGCGACUAUUCGGGUUUGAAACGAAUACUAGCAUCAAAAAAGAGGGAAUGUAUUAAUGACUGUGAUCAUUAUGGACGUACACCCUUCCAUAUUGCCCUGCAAUUGGCUGAUCCCAAAGCUCUGUAUCUAUUGUUAUACUACCCGUUACUUCAUUCUUCCAAGUUAUUUGCUGUGCAGAAUUUGGAUUCAAUUUUGGAACAGUCUAUGGCUGGGCAAAGUCAGCUCACGAGUAUUGAUGUAAUCUACGAUUGUAAUAUUGAAGAUACAGAAAUUUGUUCCGGUGUACAAUGUUAUGCAUCAUCAGGGAAUCACCAGAGUGAUAUGGCAUCUAAUGAUUUUGAGGCUAAUGAAUAUGAUAUCUUUGUGUCCACUGGAAACAGUACAACCGCUGAAACCACAAGCGAAGCAGAAUGUCUAAAAACAAAGAAAAGGCUGAGAUCGUAUAAUUUGGCCCCGUAUUUGUUGAGACAUUGGGAGAAGCACCCCAAAUCAUACCUACAGUCAGCUGUCGGAGUUACUAAUGAAACGUAUAUACACGGUUGCGCUAUAAAAGAAGUGGAAGCAUUCUACGAUGAACACUUCAGAUAUUUGAUCGGUAAAUCUCAUCAAUUUGAAAAGGUUGUAAGAAACUACUCUUCAAAAUAUGCCAAGCUCUAUGCCAACCAUCCAAUAAAUCAUUCGCAUGUAGUGAAAUUGUUAACAAGUUUGCAAAACAAUCUCUACACUAAAGUCAAUAUUCUUAAGGGUUUUGGCAAGAGUUGUCGGCCAAUUUCUAUUACAACAUGUAUUGGCAAUAAGGCAGAUGAAACUUGUAUGUCUGGACUACAAUCAUCCAGCAUAACUGAAGAGGAUAAGCAAAUGCCAAACUCGGUGGAACAUAUUCAUGAGGUUGAUGUUCCCAAUAUCACCCCCACCGAUAACUCGGAAAGGAGGGCAAGUUUCCGCAAACUUUGGGCUGAUCUUGACAGGAAGAAUGCUCUUCACAUCCCCAUUUCCACAUGUGAUGUAGAAGCCACAUUUGACAAAACCCCACCAAUACAUUUGCUCUUCUCCAAUCUCUAUAUAGAGGGUUAUAGGGCAAAUAUAUACAAAUGCUUCCGCAUAUUGUCGGAAUAUUUCAACGCCUUUAGCGUUGUUGAGGGUAGUACCCAUUAUCAGGUAAACGCUGCUGAGCAUGAUGGCAUCAGCAUAAGGUUGGGUACAUCGCAAGGGAGCAAUGAUAGCGUUUGCUCUAUAGUUAAUUCUUCACCCAUUUCGCCCGUCAUUCCUGACCUCCCAGUGGAUAAUGGCUCCACAACGCAUAGUUCUACAUUGUGUCCUGACUCACAUAAAUCAGAACACAAUGCAUGUCAUCUUUCAAAGCAGCCUUGUGACAACUCUACCCUGAAAAGACCAAAAAAGAAUGUUUUCGAAUAUUCAACACCGGAUUCAUUCGUUGUUGGUCGUAAUAUGAACGUCGAAAACGAUUGUUCAACUAAUAGACAGCACCAAGCCAUGGAUGUUAUGACGUGCAUAGAUCAAAGUGGUAAUUCCUUAUCGGACCGCACUGAAACUACUGUAACAUCGUUUACUGGAUCCAAUGAGACCCAUGUAGAUGAAUGUGCCAAUAUUCCGAAAUAUCAGCCAAAUUGUGAUGUAGAUGAUCGCACAUUAAGUGACAAAAACGUGUUUGCUACUAAUGCAAACCGGUUGAAUCCGUCUUACACUAUUACCAAAACAGUUUGUUCGGAUGUGGAAACCAUGGGGAAUAGUACCAAAUUGCGUGGUAUAGGUGCUUUCGGUGAUGUAAAAGGUCUACCGUCGAAAAAUAAAGUGCAUUCAUCGUCUGAAGAUAUAUCCACGAAUAGCAGUGAUCCCUCUAUAUGUCAAUUUGAUCAAAAGGUUCAACUUCUCAGCGACACUAUAGUAGCUUCCUCUAAAUGGCUAAAACCUACCAUCCAUUGGAACCGUUUUAUAAAUAGCCGUGAUUAUACGCGAUCAAACAUAUUACACAAAGUAUGUCAAAUUAAAAAUGCAGAACUAAUACGUUGGAUCCUUGAAUGCGGUUGUAAUCCAUUAGUUGUUAAUGAGGCAGGAGAUUUGCCCCUUCACCUGGCGGUAGAAACAAAAGAUCCCAUUUGCACUUUGACCAUCUUUCAUGCUACUAUGAGUGGAUUAUUCUACCAUAUGCUGGGAAGCAGUGAUUCGAACCAACAACAUAUGGAUGAUGGUGUUCAACCACAUGUAGAUAACUCGGCCUAUGAAAAAUAUAUGUCAGCGCUUAGAUUAAAUCGAGAUAAGAUUGUAGCGGAUUUGAGUGUUGUUGGCCAUGCAACUAUGCCAUCAUUGGGUGCAGCUGAUAGUCUUUCCUUCAUAGAAGAAAUGGUUUUCCUGUUGGAGCAAUUGACAUAUAGAGCCAUUAAAGUUAGCGCUUGGGAUGUCCUUGUUGCUAUGUAUACGUAUAAUGAGGUUUUAUCAGCUCAUUUGAUGACAAAUCCGCAUUAUAUGCAUAGGUUCAUCAAUAUGUCAGUACAUGUAGGCAAUUCGACCCAAUUUAUGACAACAAUGAAUUAUAUGACAACCAGGGUUUUACAUGUCGAUCCGGCCGAUGUAUAUCGCUCUAUUAAAUAUUUGGAUGAAAUCAGAAAUGAAAUAUGCUGCAGUAAUGAAGCCCUAAAUCAGAAUAUAUUUAACAUUUCAACAGCGAUGGACAAAGAUCUGAAGAGUCGCCUGGAUUGUUUGAAUGAAACCUUGGCGUCUGACUGCAACAGCAAAUAUCGUGGUAAAGUCAAGUCAUCCCGCCAUUCGGUUUGUAUACCUCAUCGGGAAGGUACAAAACAACUGAAGUGGGACAAAGUGGAAGAAACGUGCGAAAGUUUACAGGGCAGCAGAUUUUAUAAAUCUGCAUCUGUGGAACAUCCUAAUAAGCAGACAUGGAUAAUAACCCACCCAACUUGCCUGCAUCAUUUAGCUCUUCCCGAACCCACUGAUGCGCCUAACCGGCGACACAGAUUAAUUAUGUCAUUUCCCGAGAACCCUACAAGAUUGGAAGUUAUAGUAUCAAACGAAAAUGCUAUUCUACGUAGUGACACUCUUGAAAAUGUCAAGAUAUUGAGAAGCCCACCCCCUGCAACUUUAGCUGAUGUUUUAAGAGUGCAUCACUGGAGUUAUAUCGAAUCUCUGCUGCAAAAAGUGCAGACAGCACAAAGUAAAUGGGAGCAAAAUCCUUAUUGGCCAGUGUUGGCUGAUCAAGAUACCCCAACUACGCCUCAUUCGUGGAAUUCUGCUCUAUAUGCUGCCGGUUCAGUGAUUGCGGCAGUCGAUGCCGUUUGUAAAGGGCAGUGCAGGAAUGUGUUCUGUGCUGUUAGGCCACCAGGUCACCAUUUGGGAACUUGGGGUGCUGCCCAAUCUAAAGGUUUUGAGGAUGAAGACUUUGCGGCUGGUUCACAAGGGUUUUGUUUGAUAAAUAACGUCGCAGUCGGUGCAGCAUAUGCCAAAUAUAUGUAUGCAAAAGAAGGAAUCCGCAGGAUAGCCAUAGUAGAUUUUGAUAUCCACCAUGGGAAUGGCACCCAUCAGAUUGUUUCCAAUAUUGGUCCGCGCACUUUUAAAACCAUAGCACAUCAUAGUGCAGAUGAUCCAAAUACUAGAAUAUUAGUGAAUAGACUCCCAGCAUGGUUUGGCUGGAGGGAUACCCACGAUAAAGAGGAGGUUUUCUUCUCAUCUAUACAUGCUUAUGAUGGCGUAUUUUAUCCUGGUACCGGUGAAACCUGUUCGCGGUAUGAGCCAUCAGAGCCGCGAAUCAUCAAUGUUGGGAUUCCUCAGGGCACGACCUCCGAAAAUUUUAGAAUAUUGUUUGAAACACGAAUUUUGCCAUAUUUGUUGCAUUUUGACCCUGAUCUCAUAUUCAUAUCGGCAGGAUUUGACGGUCACUAUCGUGAUUCUGUAUCUUCUGGAUUCGUGAGCUAUAAAGAAAAGGACUUUUAUUGGGCAACUGAACGUUUGGUUGCAGUAGCCAAUACUGUAUGCAAUGGUAGAGUAAUUAGCGUCUUAGAAGGAGGAUAUAACACACGUUUAGACACUCUAUCUCCUUUUGCUAAAUCUGUAUUCGAGCAUGUAAAGGCUCUUAGCAAUACUAGCGAUGAUUACAAAUAUCCAUUUAUCCAUCCAUAUGGUACAACCGAUCUCUUGCUUGUAAAUUUGAUCCUUCGCAACCACCAUCUAUUCGCCGAUAGCUUGUCACGUAACGUUUCUGAUGGCGGUGGUGUUUCUGUGCCUAUUCAAAGUAUAUUAAAGAUGUACCAAACCGUUGAGACGCUUCUUAGGAGGGUUUAUCGCAUAGAAGGAUUUGGAUGCUUUAACCGCCCAACCAGCACCUCAUCAAUGUCUAUGACGAAGUUGAGUGCUAAAGCAAUUUCCAAUAUAGGCAAUGGAUAUUUUGGUUUGUAUACAAAGCACUUUGAUUCUAUGUUUGCCAUAGAUUACAACGGUAACAAAGGCAGGCCACUACCUCCUGCUAACGAAUCUACCAUUUCCACUCACAAUAUAAUGAAGUUUGACCAAUUAUUGCUUGAAGUGUACGAUAAUGAAGCGUUAGAGGUUUCCCCAGAUCAAAAUUCUAGUCUGACCGACCUUGAAUAUGCAGCGAUAAAAUUGCAAAAUAAUGAUGAAGCAAAGGAAAUAUUAAUGUCCGAUGAGUGGGUUCUGAAAAUUAAGGCCGAAUCAUUGGAUCGAUACAUAACCAUUGCUGCUCUUCUUCUCUCUUACUUCCGACGGUUCAGUAGUGAAGUUGAUUGGAGAUGCAACGUACAUUGUUGAAUGAAAUAUCAGCCAAUGUAUGUUAAUAAUUGUUAU